AUGGCGUACAGAAGAAGGCAAGGCAUAUCAAGAGCUUCAACAUUCAAAGAAGAAAUUCAUUCAUCAUUGGAUGAUGAUCCUAAAGAUUCUCAUCAACAAAAUGGUUCUACACCUUCCCUCUCUUCUUCUAAUUCUCCUUCUCCUUCGCUCGCCGCUCAAGCCAUUAAAGCCUCCGCUGCUCGUCGUCAACCUGCUCUUUCUUUUGCCUUUGACUCCUCUCAUCCUGAUCAUCAACGAUCCACGAAUUUUGAUGCUUAUGGAAAUGACAACAACAAAACUGGUUUCUGGGGUGUUUUGGCUCAUAAAGCCAAAUCAAUUCUUGAUGAAAGCAAUUCAGAUCCACCGCUGCAACAUGACACCAAGCCACAAACUGUCAAAUCACACUCUUUUAAUACAUUUUCUAGCCCUUUUUCAACUCAGCCAUUUUAUCAACCUCCUGACUCUAAUAAAAGAAUGGACAAUGCUUCGGUUCGGAAGGGAUUGGAUGCAAUCACUACUUCCCUUAAUCAUCUAGGUGACACCUUUGAGAAGGCUUAUGAGGAUGGAAAAACAAUGGUGGAGAGUAAGACAGCAGACCUGAGAUCUCAAAUCAGGCGAAAAGGUGACACAAACCAAGCUUCAAGUAUAAGGAAUCCAUGGCAGCAAUCAGAUCAGACACAGUCUCAUUCUAAUCAUGAAACACAACUUAAGCAAUCCCGAGACGUGGCAUUGGCAACAGCAGCAAAAGCAAAAUUACUUCUUCGUGAGCUAAAAACCGUUAAAGCGGAUUUAGCAUUUGCUAAAGCGCGCUGUGCUCAACUUGAAGAAGAAAAUAAAUUACUCAGGGAACGAGAAGGAAGCGAUAAGGGACUUAUCCGUGAUGAUGAUGAUCUGAUUCGGCAUCAAAUGGAAACACUUUUAGCUGAGAAGUCUCGUUUGGCUAAUGAAAAUGAGACAUAUUCAAGGGAAAACCGUUUCUUGAGGGAGAUUGUGGAGUAUCAUCAGCUGACAAUGCAGGAUGUGGUGCAACUUGACGAGGGAAUGGAAGAUGUCGCAGAACUUUAUCCAAUGCCUGUGAAUGGAAUCACUAGGUUGCUAUCUGGCUCACCACUCUCGUUAUCACCUACACCGACAUCGCCUGAUGAGGUUUCUCUAGGUUCAACAAAAGUAAUGUUUCCUAUGCCAGAAGGAGAUGAUGAUGAUGAGAGUACAUCAGAAGAAAAUGAGACUCCUACUAGUGACUCGGCAUCUCAAAAUGCAGCAAAAUGA